CUUGAAAAUAGUGGAUCUUUUGGUGUCCCCUAGGGUUUAAGCCUUUCUUCAUCCCUAAAAUGGCAGCAAUCUUAAAGCAAACCACUAAGAUCGCCAGGCAAUUAUUAAGCAUUAAUGUCACGCGCUCGAUCUUCCCACGCGCCACCGUGAGCGGCGUUAGGUUUGCGUCGUCGAAAUUAUCGGAUUUCAGUUACCUAGAGAAGAAAACAGCUCCACGAAGAUUACCGGCGGUAUAUAAUUACCUUCUUCAAGCUGAUGAACGAACUCAUUCUACUGGAAAUGCACCUAUUCCCAAAAUUACGCUAAGUCAUGUUUCUGUGAGCUUUGCGGGAUAUGUUGACACUAGAAGUCAUACAGAAGAUACUAAUGCAGCGGCCACAAAGGGUAAGACAAACAAGCCUAACGUGAAGAACGCGAAGAAAAAGAAGAAAGGAGCUCAGAAGCAAAAUACCAGCACACCAAGCAAAAAUCGUAUUAGAAGUAUUAACACAGCUGGCACAAAAAUUAUUAUGAAGCUUGAUGUCAAAAAUGCUGAUUGGUUGAGUGAAAGAGUCAGGGAGAGGAUCAUGCUCAUGGAAAAGAGUCGGAUCAAAGAUGGGGAGCUUGUUCUUACUUCAACUAAGACUAGAAAACAAGAGAAUAAUUUUGAAGAUGUUGUGGCCAAAAAGCAGAAAUUGCUUGGGAAAUUUCAGGAAAUAAUUAACGCUGCUUCAUAUGCUCCGCUACCACCUUCUGAUGGGCUUGCGAGAAAGCUUUCCAAGUUGGCUGUUAUGGGGAAGGAAAAGAAUUUUGCAUGAAAAGCAAGUCUAUGUUAUAUAAAAAGAAAGCUCGACGGAUGAUGGGUUUGUGAAAUCAAAAGUUUACUGAAGAAACUCUGGUUUAUAGUUUCUUCUGCUGUCGAUUAUAAUUCAUAUGUGGCUGAAUGGUCCAUGUGUACGGGGCACAUAUUUUUGUUUCUUUUUAUCCAGCUAAGACGUCGUGUAUUAGCUAGCCUAUAGCAUUUUUCAGAUCAAAUAGUUAUUGUUAUUCUUAUAGGCUUGUAACCACUAAUAAUCCAUUGUUUCUAAGAACAUGAACAAAGGCUAUGUGAUAAGAAUUUAGGUAGAUGUUGUUGGCA